AUGAUGUAUGGUGCAAAACAUCCUAUCAUCCUACCAAAGCGAAGCCAUCUAUCCAACCUCGUUGCCUUGCACUAUCAUCAAAGAACUGCACAUCAAGGAAGAAAUCUGACCAUCAAUGCCAUUCGUUCCAGUGGAUAUUGGAUCAUUGGUUGCAGGAGUAUUGUCUCAUCUCUAAUCAGCAAGUGUGUAAUCUGUAUCAAAUCCCGAGGCAAGCCAAGAGGACAAAAGAUGGCCGAUCUACCUCAGGAUAGAGUAGAGCCUUCUCCUCCUUUCACCUACUGUGGACUUGACUGUUUUGGUCCCUUUACUAUCAAGGAAGGAAGAAAGGAGAUAAAGCGAUAUGGGCUCAUUCUUACCUGUAUGGCUAUGAGGGCCGUACAUAUCGAAAUGCUAGACGAUCUGUCCACCGAUGCAUUUCUCAAUGGACUAAGAUGUUUCAUUGCUAUCCGGGGAAAUGUUCGCCUCAUUCGUUGUGAUCAAGGAUCUAACUUCAUUGGAGCCAAGCAUGAAUUGAAAAAAGGCCUCCGUGAAUUAGAUGGAGAUCGCGUUGCCACUCAAUUACUGAAACUUGACUGCGAAUUCAAGAUGAACCCUCCUUCUUCAAGUCACAUGGGAGGAAUCUGGGAACGACAAAUCAGGAAUGUCAGAAAUGUUCUCGAUGGAAUAUUAGAACAGUCAGGAACUCAACUAAAUACAUCCUCUCUUCGAACGUUCCUGUACGAAGCUAUGGCUAUCAUCAAUAGCAGGCCAUUGACAGUUGAAGAUCUGGAAUGUGCGGAUGGUCCACUCCCCUUGACUCCGAAUCAUGUCUUGACCAUGAAGUCAGGUAUUGUGAUGCCCCCACCAGGAAAAUUUGAGAGAGAAGACCUCUAUCUCUCAAAAAGAUGGAGACGUGUGCAAUACUUAACAAAUCUCUUUUGGAUUCGUUGGAAGAAAGAGUAUCUUCACACCCUCCAAACCAGGAAGACCUGGCCAAAACAACAGCGAAACUUCGAGGUAAAUGACAUAGUCAUGCUACAAGACGAUGGUCUUUGUAGAACACACUGGAGUAUAGCCAAGGUUGUUCAGACUUUCGUAAGCGAUGAUGGCUUUGUUCGUCGAGUUAAACUUCUCAAGGCAACUCCGGACUUAGACAAGAAUGGAAAACCUCUCCAAAAGAGAACUGUGCUUGAAAGACCUGUCCACAAGCUGAUCUCCUUAGUCCCUAACUCCGACUAA